UACCCACCGACACUUGGCGAUCUACCUUCAUCGAUCACAUCACUCGAGUUCUUGCAUCAUUUCGACCAUCCGCUGGGCGUGGAUGUGCUGCCGUCGUCACUCCAGACGCUACACUUUGGACACAACUACAAUCAACCAUUCGUACCUGGAGUGCUUCCACAAUCACUCAAGUCAUUAUACUUUGCAAAGGGAAAAUUCGAUCAAUCAUUUGGACUGGAUGUGCUUCCACCUCAGCUUACAUCACUCUCAAUAAUGUCCACUUACUACCACCGAGAAUUCAUUCCUGGAUCAUUGCCCAACAGCCUGGUCACUCUUCAGUUUGGAGAACAUUAUAGCAGGGUUAAUUUAGAUGUGCUCCCAACAUCCCUGACUUCUCUGACAUACGAGGAUUUUUAUACAAAUCGUCCACGUGUCUCGUGGCCACCUACACUCAAAACAAUGGUCGUUGGCGAUCUGUGGCAUACUCACUCUUCUCGCGUGCCGAUACCCAUUCCAUCAAGUGUUACAUCAUUGUCAAUUCAACUCGAACGCCAGGACCAACUUAUAUUACUGUCGCCAGCCUUGACCCAUCUCGACCUUGGACACACUUACAACAGUCCGAUCACACAUGGAUCAUUACCUUCAUCACUUGUCCAUCUCACGAUUGGAAAUGCAUUCAAUCAAGUGUUGCCAGUUGGAGUGCUACCGGCUACACUGGCCGACCUAUCACUUGGCGAUAAAUUCAACCAGGCUUUGCCGACUGGAGUGUUACCAUCAUCACUCACAUCUCUCAGCCUGGGACGUGAUUACAAACAAGGAGUGAAACAACUAUCAUUACCAGGAACACUACGAACUCUGUCAGUGGACUCGCGGGGCCAGACCAAGUACGUCACAUCAACAACUUCAUCAUUCAAGUCUGACCUCGAUUUGUUGGAGGUGAGGACUGGAUUCUUUUGGACAAACAUGGCCACAAAGAACAAGGCCAUUCCAAUCAAGUUGUUGCGAAUCAAACAGUAUGAGAGAGCAAGUGCGACCAGCCAAGCCCAUAUCAUCGGACCAAUGGUUGUGUCAUUCCCCAAUGUACAUACGUUCGAUGUCACCUUUUAUAAUCAUUAUAGACCCAGCAUUGAAGAGCGUAUUUUCCACCACGCUCCAAAGAUCUCUCCUAGCAGCGUAUUAUACCGAAUCCAAGUACGCCGUAUCUACCAAAAACUUGCCAUUUGCCUAAAACACAACCAAAGUUAUUAUAUCGAUGUUCCUAAAUCUUGUAUGAAAAUACUAGACUUGUCUCGAUACGAUGGUAGUCGUCCUAGUCCUUCUGUCAAGUCUCAUUCUACAUUACCCGAGCCAGUCAAUCAAACACCAGAGGAUGAAGUUAACAAUCAAUCAUUAAUU